AUGACCGACCCCAGCCAAACCCUCAGCAAUGGCUCGCAGCGUGCGGACCAGCCUUCAGACUCCCAAGCAGAUAUCAAGAUACAAGAUCCUCCCGCUCAAGACAGUCACCCGUCCUCCAACGGCCCUCUUGUGAGCAGCAACGGAUGGGAUGGCAAAUUGCGCAUGCCACCACGCAACGCCGUCCUGACCAACCCAGAGAUCCUCAGUGAUCCCGACUACUCCGACCCCGAUGCUCCUCCGGUCGACCAGAUCGAAGCCGAUGAAGAUCUUUUAGAUGAUCUGGACCCUAACGUCGAAGACAUCGACCUGGUCCAUAGCCGUGUCACCUCCAUCCCAGCCCUCAGACUCGAACGCUUUACCAAGGUUAUAAGGCUGUGCCUCCGCCAGAACCAGAUCUCUUCAAUCCAGUUUCCUGCCAGCCUGGGUGACACAGUGCAAGAGUUGGAUCUAUACGACAACCUCAUCUCCCACGUCAAGGGCUUCGACGACUUCAAAGUCCUGACCAGCCUCGACCUGAGUUUCAACAAGAUCAAACACAUCAAACAUGUCAACCACCUACGGACCCUAAAAGAACUCUACUUUGUCCAAAAUCGCAUCUCCAAGAUUGAAAACCUCGAGGGUCUCGAGAACCUGACCAUGAUCGAAUUGGCCGCCAACCGACUGCGCGAGAUCGAGAACCUCGAGCCCUUACAAGCCUUACAAGAACUGUGGUUGGGGAAGAACAAAAUCACCGAGAUCAAGAACCUGUCCCCUCUGACACACCUUCGCCUCCUCGACCUCAAAUCCAACCGCCUCACAUCCAUCUCCGGUCUCGAAUCCCUGUCCAAUCUCGAAGAACUGUACGUCUCCCACAACGCCAUCACCGAGAUCUCCGCCUCCUCUCUCUCACAAAACCACAAACUCCGUGUCCUCGAUAUCUCCAACAACCAGAUCUCGCAUCUCGAGAAUCUCAGCCAUUUGAAACACCUUGAGGAGCUGUGGGCCAGCAGCAACAGAUUCAGUGAUUUCCGGGAAGUCGAGCGGGAGUUGGCCGACAAGGAAGAACUCGAGACGGUGUACUUCGAGAUGAAUCCGCUUCAGUUGAUGGGCCCGGCUGUCUACAGGAACAAAGUGAAACUGGCGCUGCCUCAGAUCAAGCAGAUCGAUGCGACAUAUGUGAGAGUCUGA